UUACUUUCUCAUAAUUUCACUCCCUCGUUCAUCAAUCCUAAGACUUCAUAGAAAAAAAUCAACUGUUGAGGAAAGGUAACCACCUCCUCAAAUCGGUCCACAUUGAAAGAAGAAAUCUAUGGAAAUCGAAGUAUAAGCUUGCAAAGAAAACAGCUCAGAAAGGCGUGUCUGGUAAAGAUUGGUGUUGCUGUGAAUUUGAGAAAUCGAAGAGGGGUGGAACGGAGCAUUAUAAUGGAAUGCAAAAAAUCAUGUUUAUUCCACCAAGGACCGGAAUGAAGUAUUUUUCACGGAAUGCAAUUCCUUCUCUCAUGAUUUUCAUUCCAUGGGGGAGGGGUGUUUUUUUUUCAUUCCUUCGGGGAAUGGAAUGAUAUACUAUAUUUAUAAAUUACUUUUAUUCAGAAAGGGAGUUUGCUAAAGUUUACUUUUGCAGGCAUAUUUCCUCCACUUCUUUUAAGAAAAAUCUCAUUUUAGAAUAUAGAGUAAUCUUUAGUUAGUAUAUAUGAUUGUGGAAAAACCGAAAAACUAACCCACGUUACCUAAGUCAAUUCAUGCCUAUCUUUAGAAUUGGAACUUGUAUUAUACUUUCAAAGGAGUUUUUAUGACCAAAAAAUGAAAACGGAAAUGUAAGGACUAGUUAUGAGUUCUUUUACAUGGUAAUCUGUUCAAUUAUGAGUUCUGACGAUUUUUUCCUACAUGAUAUUAGGUUUUAUUGGCAACUCAUAUCUCUCUGUACAAAGUUAUUUUCAUUGAGGUGCUCAAACCACUUACAUUCUAUCCCAAAAAAUUAACACAUCGAUGGCAUCAUCAUCAUCUCCUCCUUCUGCCCUGGUCUUUUCUUCUCAGUCAUGGAAGUACGAUGUUUUUCUUAGCUUUAGAGGAGAAGACACUCGAAAUACUUUUGUGGGUCAUCUCUACUCUGCUCUUGAACAAGAAGGUAUCUACACUUACAAGGAUGACGAAACACUUCCCCGAGGCGAAACGAUCUGCCCAUCUCUUAUGAAGGCUAUUGAAGAAUCACAGAUAGCCGUCAUCGUAUUUUCAAAAAACUAUGGCGAUUCGUCCUGGUGUCUGGAUGAACUUGCACAUAUUAUGAAAUGUAGGGAUACGAAAGGCCAAGUUGUUAUGCCUAUAUUUUAUGAUGUGGAUCCCUCUGAAGUACGAAAACAAAAACGGAAAUACGGAGAAGCAUUUGCCAAACAUGAGUUGGAGAAGAAGACCAAGGUUGAAUCUUGGAGAAAAGCACUUGUGGAUGCAAGUAACAUUUCUGGAUGGGAACCCCAACACAUUGCGAACGGGCAUGAAGCAAAAGGCAUCAAACAAAUUGUAUUGGAAAUUUCACAGAGUUUGCAGCCAGUAACUUCAAGUUUAGAUGAGAACCUGAUCGGAAUGGCAGCUCGCUUGCAAGGUUUGAAAUUGGAGUUAGAAAUUGGGUCAGGUGGUGUUCGAAUGGUUGGAAUAUGGGGAGUUGGAGGUGGUGGUAAGACUACUCUUGCAUAUUCUAUUUAUGAUGAAAUUUGUAGCAAGUUUGAUGGUUGCUGCUUUGUUGAAAAUAUUCGAGAGGAAUCAGGCAGAUAUGGUUUGGGAAAAUUGAAAGAAAAAGUUCUUUCAGAAAUGGAAGUAAACAGAGUUCGAGGAGGAAGAUGCUUGAUAAAUAAUAGGUUUCGCCAUAGAAAGGUCUUGAUUGUUUUGGAUGAUGUCGAUAACCUUGACCAACUGAAAGCAUUAGCUGGAUCACAUGAUUGGUUUGGUGAAGGAAGCCGAAUAAUAAUCACAACCCGAGAUAAGCAUUUAUUAACUGCCCACAAAGUAAAUGUCAUACACAAUAUUAGCUUGUUAAGCGGUGAUGAGGCCAUUAAGCUCUUUUGCAAGCAUGCACCCCGGGAUAACAGACCAGUAGUAGAUUAUGAGCAUCUUUCAAGAAAGGUGGUCUCUUAUGCUGGUGGGCUUCCAUUAGCACUUACAGUUUUAGGUUCAUUUCUGUGUGACAAAGACAUUAAUGAGUGGAAGAGUACAUUAGUGAGACUGAAGGAGAUCCCAGAUACUGAUAUUGUUGGAAAGCUAAAAAUCAGCUUCGAUGGACUUAAACCAAUUGAGAAAGAGCUGUUCCUAGAUAUUGCAUGUUUUUUUAGGGGGUAUCCCGAAGAUGGUGCAAUGAAGAGCCUUGAUGCUUGUGGUUUUCAUCCUGUUAUAGGAGUGAAGGUGUUGAUACAAAAGGCUCUCAUAACCAUUUCGAAUGAAAGGUUUGAUAUGCAUGAUCUGGUGCAAGAAAUGGGACACUACAUUGUUAGAGGGGAAAACCCUAACAAUCCUGAAAAGCAUAGUAGAGUUUGGAAGAGGGAAGAUGUUUGGAAAAUAUGCUCUAUGGAUGCAACAACGGAACUAGACAUGAUUGAAGCAAUAAGACUUGAAUUCGGUACUAAGGGUCAGUUACAAAGGUAUAAACAUCUUCCUCCGAUUGUUGCAAACACGAAGAACCUUAGGUGGAUUGAAUGGGAAGGUGAUCUUGCAAGUCCAUUGCUUAGCAACUUUCCACAAAGAACACUUCGUCAUCUAGUAUUAUAUAACAGCUUGCAGAAACAACUUUGGGAGGGUUAUAAGUUGCUGCCAAAUUUGAAGACAAUUGAACUUUGGGAUUUAGAUAACCUAAUCAUGACACCAGAUUUUGAGGGACUUCCAAAUCUUGAAACAUUCAAGCUUGCUGGAUGUUCAUAUUUAGAAGAGAUUCAUCAAUCGAUGGGAUGUUUGGAGAGGCUUGUUUUCUUAUCUGUAGGAAGUUGUUGGAGACUUAAGAUGUUUCCACCAAUUACCCGAGUAAAGAAACUCGAGACCCUUACAUUCUUUGACUGCCCUGAACUUUUUAAGGUCUCAGAGAUCCAACCGAACAUGGAGAAUUUACCACUUCUUCAUUUGGAUGACAGUGGGAAUGAAGUUGCAUCCUACAUAGAAUCUUGUCCAAACUUAUUUUUUGUUAUUUGUUGGAGGUGUGGUUGCAGCAAUCUUCCUGGUGUAGAAUGUUGUGUAGAGGAGCCUUCUUUACCUCACAACAACAUGAAGCCUUGUUUACGUGACAACAACAUGAAACACAUAGGGUUGAGGUUUUUUCCCAAGGACUUGAGAAAUUUGAAUCUUAGCUACUGUAAUUUGGGAGAUGAAGAAAUUAGCUCUGCUGUUUGUGAGUUACCCAACUUGCAAGAACUUAAUCUAAGCGAAAAUAGUUUUUCACAUUUAAAUUUUAGUCUCUUUCAACUUCCUCGGCUCAAAUUGCUCAACGUGUCUUAUUGCAAAGGACUUGUAGAAUUGUCAAAGCUGCCAUCAAGUAUAGCUGUUGUUAUAGCGGAUGGUUGUACAUCACUUGAAAGUAUUAUACUUAUUUCAGACUGCAAAUGGUUGUGGCAUGUCUCACUUAAGGGGGAGAACAAAGUCUGUGAUGGUGACUUAUUACUAGACUCCAUGCUCCAGGGAAAUGCUAUUGAAGAUCAUUUUAUCAAUAUCAGUCUUCAACAUCAGAUUCCAAAGGUGUUUGUGGGUAGGCUGUUUAGGGGGACAACACUUACACUACAUCUUCCUGAUGAUUUGUACAACUUUUGCGGGUUCUUAGUAUGCCUUGUCACCAAAAUAAAAGGACCGGAUAUUAAUAUAAUUAUGAAGCAGGAGGUAGAUGAAGAUUCUGUAUUUGGGCGUAUAAUGCAUGAGCCUAAUGAAGCAACAGAGCCUGAGUAUGAGGGAACAAAGACAUAUGUAGGAUAUGUUUCCUUUGGUUCAUUGAGACACACCGCAUUUUCAAAUUCAUCUUACAAUAUGAUUUCAGUUUCCACAUACAGAGAAAGUUAUGUUGGAGCUGAGCUUGUUCCUAGGAAAAGCAAAGGUGGUGAGAUGCAAGCAACAGAUACCUCAGAAAUUUGGGAUGAUGAACUCGAUUAUAGACCGCCGUUUACGAUAAAAUAUGAUUCAAAAUCUUUUAUCGACAUUCUAUGGCGACCUUAGGACAACAUGUUCCAACAAAGUCUUACUGCUUUGUUUAUAGGUUUGUAGCUUUCUUUGUAUUAAUCCUUUAUUCGACCAUUCAGAUCAGGUGGAAAACUUUGAAUAAACACAGUAGAAAAUUUUGCCCCCAAAA